UCCCUGUUGAGUUUACUUCCUGCUUGAGAAAAAGUCCAAGCCGGUCUUCUAUUUCCUGGUGAAUAAUGGGAGGCAAUGGCCGGUUCGGUUGGAUGAGGAGAUUUGACCUAAUGAAUCGGAUAAAUAUGAGGAAGUGCAGAAAUGGCUGCAGGUCAGGCGCCACAGGGCCAAGCUAUACACGUGUAGGGAGCAACAUGGAGGCGACGGACGUCUCACUGGACAUCACUUACUCCGCUCCUCACUUGCGUGGGAAUGUGACAGAAAUGGAAAGAAUGUCCCCGGCAGCGCUGAGAGGGAGCGCUAAAGCAGUUGAGAGGCAUACAGUGUGCUCUGUGUUCAAACUCUUUGGUGGACUUUCCAUUGUUUAUCAGAGGAACUAUUGACUGGACUGUGGGACAGACUCUAUGCCAGGACUUAUUAUGGUGCUGUGGAUCUGGAUUUAAACUGGGCUCAUCCCCUGGAGAUGCUCAGUUUUGGGCAGGGGGGCCUCACAGUCACAUUGUGCUACUGGUGGAAGAACCAAAUAAAGAUCUGCAGGGGACAGUACAGGAGCGCAAUAGAUUGUGGGCAGGUGUGUUGCAAAGAGAAACUAAAUGCUUCAACGGAGCAGUGUCCUGAAUGGAGCUCUAGACCAGAGGAAUCCACUGGCCUUGUGGGUGAACUCCCAGAAAAGCUCUCAGAACCCUGGUGUCCUAAGCAAAGAAACAGAAAAUCAUUGGAACAUAACAGUAAGGAUAAAGGAAGAAAUCACGACAGGAAAAAGCUGUUCAUGGGAAGAGGAUCCCUGUCUAUGACAAUCUCACUCUGGAGCUAUAAGAAGGUAACGCUCUGGACAAUUAUUGUGUUAUUUCUGCUGCUGCCAGCAAUGGUAACUGGGUCUCCUACUCCAGAGGUGAAUAUGAAUGGGCAGCCAAAGCCAGAGCAAGAGGCAGGUAUUAUGGGGACUGUUAGGCCUGACAGUUUAGAGCCAACACCAGUGGAAGUCGUGGACCAAAUCAUCAGAUCUACCUGGAGUUCAUAUUAUGCUGAUAAUGUAACCUCUCAAGGGCACCUACAUGAUGACCUUCAAGAUGACCUCUUAUUACGGUCAGAACGUUCUCCUAUAGAAUCUACAAGGUCCAAGAAAAACAAGAAGAAGUCUGAUGGCCGUCGAAAAGGAGGGGGUGGAAAAGCCUGCAGCCUGCGGCGCGUGAGACUCAAAGUUCGAGACUUGGGACUGGGUCACGACUCAGAAGAGUCAGUUCUAUUUAGUUACUGUAGUGGUGUUUGCCAGCAUCCUCGCAGCAACUAUGAUAUUGCCCUCUCUACAUUACUCAAAGAAAAGCUCAUAACUCCUGGCUCCCAUGAACGCGUUAGAGAUCAACCCUGUUGCCGCCCUACACGGUAUGAACGCAUUUCAUUUAUGGAUGUCAACAACAACUGGAAGACAGUAGAAAUGCUUUUAGCAGCUGAGUGCAGCUGUGUGUGACAAAUUGUGAUGUAGCAGAGAUAAUCACCUAUGAGACUGGCCUAUGACUGCUGGAACAGGCCAAAGGGCAUUGAAAUUAAAGUGGAGUACAGAAGCCUGGCAUGAUGCCAUUGGUGACAUGGCAUUAUUUAAAGGGGCCUUUGAUUUGCAGAAAACCAAUCAGAGGAAAAGAACUAGUCAGCAGUAAAGCACCUUGCAGCAGGAAUUCUGCCUUUGGAUUGCUCUCCUCCUUUUCCUAAAUUGUUUGUUGAAAAGAACUACUGGUCCAUUGGUCCAUGCAGUAGUUCCAACCCAAGGUUAUCUGAAUGGGAUUUAUGAAUAAUGUCAUUUUUUGGCUGUUGGAGUGUACAAUGUUGUUGCACUUUUUGAGUGCAACUUCUUUUUCAUCCUAUGGAUUACUGAAAUUUAACAAAAGAUCAUAGCAUUACAUAAGUCCACGUUGCUAAAGGGUCCAAACUUGGAUGUAGGAUUUGCCAUAAAGUAUCAAAUCUGCUCCUUCUCUGUAUCGUGGCUAUUUACAAUUAGUGCGUUUAAAGGAAUACGUGUUUGCAAAACAAAAAAGUGAACAAUGGAAUGAAACUGUAGAGCACACCUAAUGAAGCUUGUUAUGAGAAUGCAGGACUGGUUCUAACCAUGACAUUCUACAAGUUAUCCCUCAGUAGGGUAUUAUAAGAGUUCUAAGCAUAUAGUUGAUUUAUUUUUUUUUACUGAUCAAUCUUAUUUUUGGUACUGGAUACAGAUAAUCAUGCCUGUAGGAUUAAGUAUAGUUGAAAUGAACAUUUGUUCAACGCCUAAUGCUGCAUAUCAAUAUAGAAGAGAAUAUAUACAGAGAAGUAGGGCUUUUCCUAAUAGGAAACAAUGCUAGGGGUGUGAUCAUAAUUCUCUGCAUUUCACUGAAGCUGCUUUCCUAUACUUGCUGUAAACAUUGUAUUCCAAGAAGAAACCGGUUUGCUGUUACUGGACUAAAUACUUUUCUUUGACAAGUUAAAAAAAAAGUUGGAGCUGAAGCAGAUCCCAGCUUUGACACGGUAUGUGUAGGGUAUGAUGGGGUUAUGCUGAGGAUUCGUGCAAAUGCCAAGAGAUACCUCAUUCAGAAGAAAUAGCUUUGUUGGAUUCAGGAUUAAUCCGUACGUAUUAUUAUAGUGUUUGCAUGUCACAUAUUUCUUGUAAUUCGUUAAUAAUCAUUUCCUGCCAACAUUCUUACAUUUGAGAAUUAGUCACUGCUAGGAGUCUUUCCAAUGAGAGUGAGCUCAAGAUUACACCCUAUGGGGAAUAGUGCAUACAUUGCUUCCAUUCAAAUGCCCAGGGGUGGGGUCCAGCUAGCAGCAUCUCUAUUAUUGGGAUUCAGCCUUUACAUUUAUUCUGCAGCUGUAAUAGCACAUUUACCAAUCUGGCAGCAGCAUCUCCAACUUUCCUGCUGAGAAUCUCACUCAGAUAAAAGACCUAGCCAUAGUUUUUUUCAUAUAAACAUGAGUGAUAUAGUAGUUUUA